AGAUGGGAAGCACAAAGCUUCCUUUCUUUGUGCUUGAACAGUGACCUCUGCAGUGUGUUAAUAUUCGUGUAUAAAGUACUAAAAUCCGUAUCACACCGAACUAAAUCCAGAAGCGACAAUUUUUGUCUGAAUUACAUGCCAGAUUAGGAUAUCUUGACUGCUGCUGCUGCUCCGACUUAAUUUUAAAAUUGCGACAGAGGAAGAUGGAAGCGGCAGCGCUGCUGAGCGAAGACGCCGCCGGAGGCGAUUCCAACUCACGCAAGCUCAACCGGAGAGGCGCCUUCAACCGUCGCUCUGAUGCUAUUGUGUACGGCUCCUCUUAUCAGAUGGCCGCUGCUCUCGUUGAUCUUGCUGAAGAUGGAGUUGGUAUACCUGAGGAGAUCCUUGAGCAAUCAAAAUUUUCAACUGCUGCAAAACUAUACUUCACUUUUACAAAAUUUGAUCUGUUGUGGUCCGUAAACUAUUUUGCUUUAAUCGUCCUGAACUUUCUUGAGAAACCUUUGUGGUGCUCCAAGCAGUCAUUGCAUUCUUGUACAGUUGUACUGAUAGAGAAUUCUACUUUCUAGGGCAGCUUGUGUACUUGACAAGAACUGAGGCUCUAGUAUAUGAGGUUUUUACUCUUGUAGUGCUCAUGACUCAUACUUUGUAUCCAAUGUCAUAUGAAGGCAUCCAGAUCUACUGGAUAAGUGUCACCAAUAGGCUGAAGGUCACAUUGUUGUUAGUUUUAACUGCGGACCUGUUGGCAUAUGUUUUGGCUUCAGCGGGACUAUAUUAUCUUCCAUUCAGGGCUGCACCAUAUCUACGUGUUGCCUUUUUCGUUUUGAAUAUCAGGGAGUUGAGGGAAAGCAUCUACAUCCUUGCUGGAAUGUCUCGUACCUAUCUUAAUGUCAUGAUUCUCUCACUUCUAUUUCUUCUGUUCUCUAGCUGGUUAGGAUAUGUUAUCUUUGAGGACACCCUACAGGGGAAGACCAUAUUUACUUCAUAUGGCACAACAUUGUAUCAAAUGUUUAUUUUAUUUACCACUUCUAACAACCCAGAUGCAUGGAUUGCAGCAUACAAGGACUCACGAUGGUAUUGUCUGUUUUUUGUUCUAUAUGUGCUAUUGGGUGUGUACUUUGUCACCAACUUGAUCCUUGCCGUUGUAUACGAUUCUUUCAAGAGUGAGCUUGUGAAACAAGUUGCUGAGAAGGAUCGCCUGAGGCUAAGGAUAUUGAAGAAAGCAUUUAGUUUGAUUGAUAAAUAUAACUCUGGUUUUCUCAACAAAGAACAAUGCAUCUGUCUAUUUGAGGAACUGAACAAUUACAGGACACUGCCAAAUAUAUCAAGAGAGGAUUUUGAGCUAAUAUUUGAUGAGCUAGAUGAUACUCGUGACUUCAAGAUUGAUUUGAGUGAAUUUGCUGAUCUAACCAACGCUAUCGCACUAAAGUUUCAGAAGGGAGAUUCUGUGAGUUGGAUUUUCUGAUUCAACUGAGGCUAAAAGAGUAUAGGAAAUUCCUUUUAUGUGUUAAUCUCUACAAAACUCCACCUUUCAUUCUUUGCUACAGUCACCAUGUUUUGAAAGGUUUCCAAUCUACCAUUCACCAACAUCAGAGAAGUUAAGGGAAUUUGUUAGAAGUUCAAAGUUUGAAUACGUAAUAGUGUUGAUUCUUGUCAUCAAUUUUGUUGCUGUUGUAAUUGAGACCACGCUUGAUAUAGAGGAUAGUUUGGUUCAAACCUCUUGGCAGACGAUAGAGUUCGUUUUUGGGUGGCUGUAUGUGGCUGAGAUGGCAUUAAAAAUAUACACGUACGGAUUUGAAAAUUAUUGGAGGAAUGGCCAAAAUCGCUUUGAUUUUAUUAUCACAUGGGUGAUAGUUAUAGGAGAAACUGCUACUUUUGCUGCUCCAAAUGGGCUAACCUUUCUAUCAAAUGGAGAAUGGAUCCGAUAUCUUCUUAUUGCAAGGUUGCUGCGAUUAAUAAGGCUCUUGUUGCUAGUUCGAAGUUAUCGUGCCUUCAUUGCCACAUUUUUGACUCUCAUACCAAGCAUUAUGCCAUAUUUGGGGACAGUAUUCUGUAUUUUAUGCAUUUAUUGCUCUCUUGGUUUGCAGAUCUUUGGAGGGAUUGUGAAUGUUGGGAAUCCCAAAUUGAAUGAAACUGAUCUAGCUGAUAAUGACUAUUUGCUUUUCAACUUUAACGACUACCCAAAUGGAAUGGCCACACUUUUCAAUUUAUUGGUGAUGGGAAACUGGCACCUUUGGAUGCAGAGCUACAAGGAUUUGACAGGGACUUGGUGGAGUUGCGCCUACUUCAUAAGCUUUUAUGUUAUAUCUGUAUUGUGGCUACUGAAUUUAAUUGUAGCAUUCGUGUUGGAGGUUUUCCAAGCUGAGAUGGAGCUUGAGACUUCAGCAAUGGAUGAGGAUGCAAAGGUGGCAGGAACUGGAAAGUCCCGACCACGCACUGUUGGUGCAAAAACACGGAGCCAGCGAGUGGACGUGUUACUGCAUCAUAUGCUGAGCUCUGAGCUGCCACCACAACCACAGGGCUCCAGCUCCAUGUGAUUGUCUCCACACUACUUCAUGGCAGCUGUGGAGGUAACGCAGCUAUUGUUUAUGCUGAUUGUGCAUAGUCGGGGAGUUCAAAUGCAAUGCUGUGAAUGAUUUUGCCAGUACACAUCUCAUUAUCUUAAACAAAGAUCGUGUCUUUUUCCUCUUCUCAUGUAAAUUUACUUGACUAAGAGAAAUGACUUGGCCAAGUGACCAGAUUACGGGUCAAUUCGUACAUGACGGUACAUAUUAUUACGUAAAAAGUAACUAUUUUCAUAAUAGUCAAUUAAUGGAGAUACUAUCUACUCCCUCCGUCCCGCUAAGAUUGUCCCAGACAUUAUUCAUUUGGUCAACAGAAAUCACUCUUAAUCUUUUACUUUAUAUAUCAAAUUUUUAUGAAAUUUGAUUUUGGUUUUUGCGACUUUGUAAAGCUUUUAAUGUAGUUUCUGAAUAUGUAAAUUUUUUCUUUCUAAUAAAAAUUUGAGUGCGAACAGGACUCUUUUUGCUUUAUGGUCGGUCAAGCAUCGUAAACCGAAUUGUACCAAACAUAGUGGGACGGAGGUAGUACUUAACAAGCAUUUUGAAC